CCGUGAUGCUUUGCUCGCCGCGGAUUUGCAGACUUCAGUUUCGCUUCAUGGAGGACACCGAGGUCCAGUGAGGAGGACCCGCCUUCGCUGCGUCCUUCACAACCGGGUGAUUGCUGCGACACCUGUGGAGACCACCGUCGCCAUGAAGCACUUCCUGAGGGUGGUGACCCAGUUCUUCUUGUUCCUCUACUGCAAGUGUCUGUGGAGAACCCUCAAGUUUGUGGUGCGGAAGCUGACCGGUCGCUGUGAGCUGCAGAGGAUCUGCUAUAAGAACAAACCCGGAGCCCGCCGGACCCUCAAGAUAGAGUCGUCUCUGAGGUUCUCUAAAAAUGAGAUGCUGCAGUCUGCUCUCAGCGUCCAUCCUGACAAGGUGGAGAAGAUGAUUGACGACAUCAUGAGUCUGAAGAGGAUCAUCCAUGACACCAACCCUCAGCUUAGUGUGUCCCUGCAAGCCAGCCUUCUUCAGAUCGUGGGCUACAGAAGUCUUGUGGGCGAAGUGGAGAAGCUGCGCCGGGAAGCGUACGACUCUGAGAACCAGGAACACGAGGACAUGCUGGUGAAGCUGUGGAAGGAGCUGCGGCCCGACUCGCCUCUCAGCAGCAGGAUCUCCAAGCAGUGGUGCGAGAUCGGCUUCCAAGGCAGCGACCCGAAGACAGACUUCAGAGGGAUGGGUCUCCUGGGCCUCCACAACCUGCUGUACUUUGCUGAACAUGACAAGGCGACCGCUCUGCAGAUGCUGCAAGACUCUCUGCAACCCAAACACAAGAGUACCAGGAGAAGUCCCAGUGACAACCUUCCUGACUGGGAGCAGAAGAACCUUGACAAGGCCAUUGGAUACUCCUUCGCCAUCGUGGGCAUCAACCUGACCGACCUGACGUACUCGCUGCUGGUGAGCGGCGCCCUAAAGACGCACCUGUACAACGUGGCGCCCGAGCUGCCGACGCUGGAGCACUUCCAGCAGACCUUCUGUUUCCUGAUGCAGGAGUUCCAGAAGUUCUGGUUGGAGGAGGAUCCCAGUGACAUCAUGGAGUUCAACCGGAUCCGAUCCAAGUUCCACCGUAGGAUCCUGAAGCAGCUGAAGAACCCUGACAUGGCUCUGUGCCCCCACUUCUCCGCCUCAGACCUUCACCUGGUCAACCUCUGAUCCUCACCUUUGACCUCACCACAUGCCGCCCCGCCCGUCGAGUCCCGACGAAUGCACCACUGCCAUCACACUCACUCACACACACUCUAACAGGUCGAUGUUUGUGUGUGAAAAAGCUGCAGCACGGUCGUCGCCUCAUCGUUGCUUUAACCAACCAUUGAUUGUAAAUCACUCCACCGAUGUUUGUUCUUCUGUUGCCACGAUCGUCAAACGUUACAUGUCACGCGAAGAUCCUGGUGGCGCCCACCUGCUCAUUCUUGAGUCUCAUACUGGUGACUGUUGCGACACAAUGAUUAGGAGACCAAACAAGUUGGUUGCAGACCAGCUGGAGUUCCUCCCUCGGCUCCUCCAGACACAAACCUUCUUCAUUUCCGAGGCAUCACAGAUUAUUGAACGUGUUUUUGUAUCUGAUGUCAGUUCUGCCUUUUUGUUGACUGACGUUUCAGUUGAGAAUGUUUCUCACGAUUGUUUACUUCAUUGAAUGUUCUUUUGCGGCGAAGACGUCCUCCUCUGGUCGUGUUCGCUGCCGUGCCUGUUUUCAGCUUUUUCACGCACCCGAGGUCGUAGGCCGUUACACGAACAAAAGAAAAGAUUGUUGACAAAUAUGUUGAAUUAGCUAGGCAGAUAGCUGACACAUAGACGUCCUCUCAAGAGGUCCAGUCAGGUUUUCAGUUCACUUUAGAUAUAGUCGCGCAACCUUGUGGUCAGGUGACCUCAGUGUCUGUCGCUGCACUUCAUUUGAAUGUCGUCACUAUUGUUGUUUCUUCAGUGCUGCUUCUUCUGCUCACUUUUGCGUCCUGCUUUGCACGAAUGAAAUUUUUAGCUAUUAUGGUUGUAAAGUGUGGUUCUGCUGCCCCCUGCUGGCCCAAUGCUGUAUAUUCGCCUUCAAGCUGCAUGACUUUGAUUUGUCGGCUUCAACGUUGUCGCUGAAAUACGAAACUGUGAACUCCAUGUGUGUGGACACUGAGACACAAUAAAGACUCGA